AUGCAACCGCCAUCCGAGCCAAGGUCAAAAGCACGGCCUACCGGUACCAGUUCUGUUCCAGCCUCGGACGCACAAUCAGCUAGUGCUGUCGCGAAGACCGCAAUAUCUUUAGAGUAUGCUUCUUUACGAUACAGAGGCCACUGCCCCCUAGGAAUGUACAUCACGCCGUCUCCUGACAACCUGCUCGUCUGGGACGGCGUGUUUUUCGUUCACGUACGUUAUUAUACCGAUGCCAUCUUGAAGUUCCGUCUUCUGUUUCCGACCAAUUAUCCGGACCGUCCACCAAAAGUAGUGUUUAUCACAGACGUGUUCCAUCCUCUGGUAUCCCAGCAAAAUGGAUCAUUCAACCUUGCCCCUCGCUUCCGCCCCUGGAGACCAAAGGAACACCAUGUCUUCGACGUGCUACACUGGAUCAAGGCUUCUUUCAAGAAACAUGCGCUGGAUAAACUUACUGAAGAGGAUUGCUUCAAUAAAGAAGCACACCGGUACAAUGAUUCUACCUCAUCGUUUGCGGCACUGGCUACGCAGUCCUCCAUGCUAUCACAGUCUCCUUCCGCUCUCUUUGACCACGAUCAUCCUUCCCUAGCCGGGAGGGGACGCCACACGAUGACAUUCCGCGACCUCAAGCCCGAGGAAGUGAGCACCCUACAGAGCCGAGUAGGACUGAGGCCGUGGAAUGAGGACUCCUCUUAG